UUUAAAAUAUGACAUAAAUAAGAAUAAAUAGUUAAAAGCUGCAUAAAUAAGUUUGAAGGUGAUUCAUUUAAUGUAAGUUAAUCUGAGUUAAUUAAAAACGUUAAUACAACAAUCAUUUAAUGUUUUAGAUUAAAAGUAUGCUGACAGAAAAUUCAUGUCGCUGCCCCUUUAAGGGACUAGUGACGCUAGACGCAGCACCUCACUGACGCUGCAGCAGAGACCUGAGAGAGCAGAGGAGAAAUCGGAGAGAACGAGCAUCGGUUAAUGAGCAGAAAAAAGAGAGUGAAAAAGUAGAUUUUGCAGUUGAAAAACAUAAUUUACCUGGUCGGGAACUGACGGGGAUUUUAUGAAAACUAAGCCACACCGGUUUUGGUCAGGUUUUUGCUUGGUUUGAAGCUCGGUCGGAGCGAGGAUUGGUCUGCAGUGUGCGGGCAUGCACAUGCACAGACGAGAUUCAAGAUGGCGAGCCAGACCCAGAACUUCAACUCAUCUUCUCCAUCGCAUCAGUGAGGAAAUCUCCUGCGUAUGGUGACUCGCUGCCAGAGUGGUAGGAGUAUCAAGAAUUGGUUUUGAACUGAACUGGAAACUGAUUGAAUAAUUUUGGACUGAAUCAAACUGAAACUCUUCAUUGAACUGAAUAAUCAAACUCUCAUUUGGACUUCAACUUGAAUUUAAGUGAGCUGCCGCACUGGGAGCCAUGACACCUCCACCUGUGGCCAGGAUGUGAGAUCGAGGGUGUGACAAUAAAGGCCAUCACCAAGCCACUGUGCAGUCCCUGUUCUACCGCUGAAUCAAAGUUAAACAUAAAAAACUCUCUUGGUAUAACAGAGCCCUUGACUAUAAAGGGACAAACACAUUUAAUGUUUUCAGUUGUGUCUGAAUCUGCUGUAGAAUGUUAUUAACAACAGAGUCACUGUUUAAUCAGUCUAGAUUUUAAUGAAUGAUGACAGUGAAUCAUCUGGCCUACCUUUUACAGUUUGCACACACACCUUGAAACUGUUAAUGUCCCAACUUCACACACAUUACUGGUCCAAAUGAUUCAUCUAACAUCCUCAUAACGAACUCUUUGCCACCUUGUCUGAAUCGGCUCCUGUGACCUGCGAGGAUUAUGAGGCCGACUUUAGUGUUUCUACAGUCGCAGUGUCUCCUGUGUGUGUUGGUUGGUGUAUGUGUGUCCGGCGUUGUCGGCUCGCUACCUCAUGCACUACCAUGGCACGUCUCCUGCCCGGUGCGGUGUGUGUGUCAGAUCAAGCCGUGGUUCUCCCCUGACUCUGUCUACCAUGAAGCUCCCACUGUGGACUGCAACGACCUGCUCUUGACCAAGCUCCCCUCACCCAUACCCCCGAACACACACACCCUGCGCCUGCAGAGUAACCAUCUGUCUGAGCUUAACACUUCGGUGCUGCACGGACUCGCCACCCUCACCGACCUUGACCUUUCUCAGAAUCGCUUCAGAAGUGUCAGGACAAUAACUCAGAGCGCCUCCCUGCCCUCUCUACUGUCUCUACAUCUAGAGGAAAACCAUCUCAGUCACCUCCCUGAGGCCUCCUUCUGCUCACUGCCAGCUUUGCAGGAACUCUUCCUCAGCCACAACAACUUACACUCGAUAGCACCUGGAGCCUUCACCGGUCUGGACUCACUACUGCGUCUGCAUAUCAACAACAACAGACUCAACACUGUUGACCCUCGGUGGUUCAGGGCUUUGCCCAGCUUGGAAAUUCUCAUGCUUGGUGGAAACCCUGUGGAGGCCCUGCCUGAGGGGGGCUUCCUGGCCCUGAAAUCCCUCCGGAGUCUUGUCCUUGGUGGUAUGGGUCUGAGAGGCUUAGCUGAAAAAGCACUGGAAGGUUUGGAGGGCUUAGAGAGCCUCUCCUUCUACGAUAACCGGCUGACAAUGGUCCCCACUCAGGCCCUGAUAAGAGUGCCACGACUGAAGUUCCUCGACCUCAACAAGAACCGCAUCAAACUCAUUGAGACAGGAGACUUCCGAGACAUGGUCCACCUGAAGGAGCUCGGCCUGAACAACAUGGAGGAGCUGGUGUCCAUUGAGAGAGCCGCCCUGGAGAACCUUCCAGAGCUCACAAAACUUGAGAUCACAAACAACCCGAGACUGUCCUACAUUCAUCCGCAGGCUUUCCUCCAGCUGAGCAGGCUGGAGAGUCUAAUGCUCAACUCCAACUCUCUGAGUGCACUGCACCAGCACAUUGUGCUCAGCCUGCCGAGUCUCCAGGAGGUCAGCUUACACUCCAACCCACUGCGAUGUGACUGCCUAUUUCACUGGGCCGCUGAGGAGGCCUCUCACUCUCACAUUGAAGACACACAAAAAGAAAAGCAAACACCUCGCAUGGUGCGUUUCAUCCAACCCCAGGCCACGCUGUGCUCUGAACCCCCAGAGCUGAGAGCUCGCAGGGUAAGAGAGGUAUCCUCCAGGGAGAUGUCGGCCUCUUGCCUCCCCAUGAUCCCUACCAGCUCCCUGCCUUCCUACGUUGGGGUGAGAGAAGGAGGAAAACUGGUCUUGCACUGCCGAGCUCUUGCAGAUCCACAGCCUGAACUGUACUGGGUGACUCCCUCUGGGAGGAGACUUGGUCCUGAAUUGAGCCAAGUAUCCAAAGGUUUACCAGCUCCUGCUCCCUGUCACAGCCUGACAGCCUCUGAGGGAUUCAACCACACAUCCGCCUCCAUCCUCUCUCCGAGCCAGCCUCAAGAUGAUACUCCCUGUAACCCCUCCAAACACUACCGUCUACUGCCUGAGGGAACUUUGGAAAUAAACAAGGUCACCCUCAGCGAGGCAGGAUUGUAUACGUGUGUAGCUGAAAAUGCACUGGGAGCAGAUACACGCAGUGUUACUGUGGGUGUGCAUGGCAGAGAAAAGAAAAGAAAGUGGGGGAUGGCUGCUAAUAUGAAGGGAUAUCAGUUAUUAAAAGCGGAAGCCAGGUUGGAGGUGAGGGAGGUCGGACAACACUAUGCUAUCCUGUCAUGGCAGAGCGGGCGCAACCUCCAUUCGACUCGUCUAUCAUGGCAAGCCAUAUACUCAAACGCACACACGCCCACAUACACCACACGCAUCCUGGCUGGUACUCAGAGCUUCAACCUGACCCACCUGCAGGCAGAGACAUUUUACCGAGUGUGUCUACAUUUGGGGAUCAGUGAGGGCGCCAAGCACGCCAGCAGGAGAUCAAGAGAAAGCAGAAAGCCUCAGUGUGUGUCAUUCAGCACAAAGGCUGUCCCAGAACCACAGCCUAGCCUGCAGCUAAGCCCAGAGCUGGCCUCCACAGCAGUCACACUACUGCUCCUCGCACUUAUUCUGCUGCUGCUGGCAGGCCAGGCCUGGGACAAUGAGCCUGGCGAAGGGGACGGAAAGCACCACAGUACCAUCCUCCAGGAAAGUCUGUGAUCAUCAAUCACACAGAAGGGAGCAACACACAUUAGCCAAAGCAGAGUAAGGAACUGCUAUUACACAAUGACUGCUGAGAUAAUUAUGUUUGUGCACAUUCAAAUCAGAACAAAAAAAAACACAUGCACACACACACACACACACACACACACAUAAAAUGUCAAAUAUACACUUGUACACAUGUGAAUUACAGCUACAAGAGAGGAGUCAUAGAUCAGAGCAGUGGUGUCGAAAGAUAUUUGUAUUUAUUUUAUAUACCGUAUAAAGUAUACAUUGACAUUGUUUCUGUGUUAAGGUGUAUUGAAAAGAAUGCUUAAACCCUAACCAGGGAAAUAAAAGUGGACAAUCAUACUCCUGCAGCACAGUGAAUGAACACAGGAGAAACAAAAUAAGUCUGAGCUGCCGAUGACCACCGGACUGAAACUAAAGACAACCUGAUUUAAUCCAGGGACAUAUAUAUCUGCUGAGGAGAGCGGCUCAGACCUCCAGGGUAUUUGUUAUGUUUUCUAUCUACAUGUUCCACAGACCGAACCAUUAUUUAUCCAAGCAGAUAAAACUCUGUCUUGAGACUGAUACUUAAUGAAAUUCCUUCAUUGCUGUAAACAACCUUUUUGCUUAGCUUUUAGUACCUUGGACUGGGUUGUCCAUCUUGCAGUACAUAUACAGUAUACUCAUGCCAAUUCCCACACUUCUUUUAGCAUACAUGUGAUCUGAAAAGUAAUUGUGUUAAAUUCUAUUUUGAGCUAAUAUACAAUAAAAUCUUUUCAAUUUA